AUGGACAACCCAAACGACCCCGAAAACCUAGCCUGUGAGCUAGAAAACCUCCGUCUCGAACGCAUAUUUCGACAAAGAGGUUUCCCCCCAGGUUUAAUCUCCCCAAGUUUCUCAACUACCCGUCCGGCAGCUCGACAUCAAAUCCUUUCAACCGAAGAAUACGAUUAUUCUCCACCUCAAUUCAUUCCAAACCAGACUUCCAGUCCCGCCAGAACACCGGGGUAUACCCCGGUACCGCUUCUAAAUCCCAAUACCAUAUCUAGCCUUAGUAAUCCGCCCUACUACUGUUCACAACAUAUUCCGUCUAAUAGGAUUGGAGAUCUCGUUGAGGAGAUACCAAGACCUAGACCUGACUGGCAACAAUAUGAUCCCGAUCCAUCAUCGUCAUGCAUAUCAUGUCAAACGGGACGACAGAGACAACAGCACCAGUUGCAGCAGCGAAGUAAUUAUCAACAAUAUCUACAACAACAUCUACAACUCCAUCACCAACAACAGCAACAGCAACAGCAACAAUCAUCGGCAUUUUAUAAUCCAUCAUUUCACUUUAGAGCUGUGAAUCCAAAUCCUGAAGAACAGGAAAAGAGGAUGAGAAGGUCCGCGGAUGAGAUUAGAAGGAAUAUGGAUGAUUGUAAUAGACAGGAGAGUAAUAUUAGGGAAUCUAAUAUGAAGGUUCAGUCUUGGUUGGAUAGGUGGGGACUGAGUUUUGGGGAUGAGGGGGGGGAUGAUGAGAAUUUAGAGGAGGUGGAGUUGGUAUAA